UGCGCGCCCCGAAGACGUGCACGCGCCCGCCCCGCCCGUCCGCGCGCCCCGCCCCGCCCCGCAGCCCGCAGCGCCGAGGCCCGGCGCUCAGUCCGCCCCAAGCCGCCUUCCGAGCCAGCCCCGGCCCCGUGCGGCCCCACCAUGUCCGCGGCCAUGAGGCAGAGGUUCGACCAGUUCCUGCACGAGAAGAACUGCAUGACCGACCUCCUGGCCAAGCUGGAGGCCAGGAGCGGUGUGAACCGCAGCUACAUCGCGCUCGGUGCCGGAGGGCUGGUGGCGCUGUACCUGGUGUUCGGCUACGGCGCGUCUCUGCUGUGCAACCUCAUCGGCUUCGCCUACCCGGCCUACGUCUCGAUCAAAGCCAUCGAGAGCCCCAACAAGGACGACGACACUCAGUGGCUGACCUACUGGGUGGUGUACGGCGUGUUCAGUCUUGCUGAGUUCUUCUCGGAUCUCUUCCUGUCCUGGUUCCCCUUCUACUACAUGCUGAAGUGUGGCUUCCUGCUGUGGUGCAUGGCCCCCAGCCCGUCCAAUGGCGCUGAGCUCCUGUACAAGCGUGUCAUCCGGCCCAUCUUCCUGAAGCACGAGUCCCAGGUCGACAAUGUGGUGAAGGACUUGAAGGACAAAGCCAAGGAGACAGCAGACACCAUCACUAAAGAAGCCAAGAAAGCGGCCGUGAAUCUACUGGGUGACGAGAAGAAGAGCACCUGAUCUGGCGCAGAGCCUGCGCCCUUAGCCACCCCCUCCCCCACCCGCCCUCCCAGGAGAGCUUGUAUUCCACUGGGCUGGGGGCACCAUGCAGUAAUGUUGCCUUGAAACAUCUGAUCUGUUAGAAAGAGGAGUGUGUGGUAUGUCUGUCUAUCCACAAGGAACAUUUUAAUCUAAACAUAAUGCAAGGGCGGUGUCCAAAGUUAGAGAAUAUGUCUCUCCAGGUAGGGGGUGUUACGCCUGAAUGAAACUCAAGUCUCUCUCCUGGCUUUGUGCUUCUCCUGUUCUCUCUGCAUGCAUUUUCUCUGUGUGUAUUUUGGGGUACUCUGUAGGGUUCUGCUUCGUGUGCUGUACAGUUUUUGUGUGAAAUAUUUCUGAUGUCUUUGUGUGCACAUACAUGUGGGAAGAUGCCCUCUGGGCAUAAUAGGGAAUGUCUGCAGCUGGAGUGGGCGGAUGAGGUUGGGUGUUGCGGGCCUGGCAGUUUCCAACCAGCCCAGCUGUGCAAAGCUGCCACUUCAGCGAUUCCUGGGGGAGUGUGUGACAAAGUAGCCAAUCGAGCUCCAGCUGCUGUCUUGGGACCUGUGGUAAAGCUGCUUUCCUAGAUUGUUCCUUAAGAUGCUAAAAUGGAAACCACCCCGGUUUCACCUUCAAAGCCGUAAAAGAACCUCAGAGAUUUGCACAUUUCUGCCAAGGACUUCAUGCCAGCAAGGACAGAGGCUGCAGAGUGGGCCUGGGAAGGACUGUGACUGUCUCCUCUGAAUGGUUAGGCCCAGCAGCCGUCACCUUCCUUCCCUGGUUUCUAGAUCAUACUCAGGCCUUUGUAGUUUACCUGUCAGAAUUAUCUGUAGACUAUUUACAUGCAUCACUUUAUGCUCCUUUUGGUAAAAUGGAUUUAACUACAGACCAAAAAUGUUUAAAAUCAGUAUUUCCAGGUUGACAAGCGAAAUAGCUUAUAGAGGCCUUGACAACUUGUCAGGUAAAAUUUUACUAUUGCUGAAGUCCCUCUGAAUUAGACCAAAUAGAAUAAAAUAAGAACAUAACAAAACUAAAUGCCCAACCUAUAAACUCCAAGGCAUAUUCAGAUCACCCUCCUUUAAAUAACAAUAUCAUACUGAUGCUUCAUGAUGUAAAAAUAUUAAUGCUUUCAAAAAUAACCCAGAUAAUAUGGAUCAGGGCAUUAAUUCUUUGUUGGGAAAAACAGUGACCCUAAGGCAUUUUAGUGUACUUAUCUGAGGUGGGGAGGACUUUCAGAAAACAAAGAGGAGGAAAUUAGUUGGAGAAAAGCCUUGACUAAAAACAAAAAACAAGUGGGCAGGCACUGGAGAGCCAUGGGGUUCGUGUGGUGGGCAGGGCUGCCUGGCACACAGCUGGCACACGCUUCAGCUUCAGUGAUCCCCGAGCAGUCAUAUGUGGCCUCAAAGUCUGAAAAAGUAUCUCUUAAAGCAUGACAUCCCCUGCCCUGCAAACUAGGCAGUUGUUAGUAGUGUCCGUGAUUGGUGUGUUGGAAUCCAGGAUAUGUAAGGCUCGUGUGCAGACGCUGUCCAGCAGGAGGGAGCGGCCUGGAACCUCCAGUGGCUCCUGUGUUACUGACAGACUGAUGCAGUGAGACUGUGUCUUCAAAGGCAGCUCCUCGGCACAUUCUAGAAGAAACACUGGCUUUGGCAGUCCAGUGUUCAUACAGAUCGUAUUAAUGACAAGUUAUGAGUGAGUCUCAGUUUAGACUUCUCUAAUAAUACAUGACCAUGGAUAGAGUACUUAAGAGUAAUUGAGCAGAAUAUAAGCAUUUAUUUGUAUAUGAGUAGAAUUUUGAGUAAGUAAAAUUAGAGUCCUACAGUAAUUCCCCCCUCCCCCCCACAUAAGGAUUUUAGAUCAUUAUUACAAGCCUGGGGUGUCAUCUACAACAGCCUGAAAAAAUGAGCAUAGCCUUUAAAAUAAGUUAUUGCUGAUCCCACUUAACUUGAAGAUGUGGUGUGGCUACCGGAUGUAAAUAAAAUUCUGUUACUCAUUGCA